AUGACAGUAAUCCAAGUCGAAUACAACGGCCCCAUUGCCGUCGUUACACUCAAUAAACCCAACAAGCUGAACGCUCUAACCAAAGACGAGUUCUACCAGCUCGCACGCACACUUCAAGAGGUUGCAGAGCACGAUGAAGUAGUGGCAACUGUAUUAACGGGCACUGGGAGAUUCUUCUCAGCUGGCGCCGACGUGUCUGUGUCUAGAAAGGUGCCUGAAGGCACAGAUCUAUAUCGCCACAAUUUAACCGUCACGGUAGCAAGCAACAUGAAUCUUGCCCGCGCGUUCUACACGCACCCCAAGAUCUUGGUCGUAGCCCUCAAUGGACCCGUGGUGGGCAUGGCUGCAGCGCUGAUCGCCUUUGCCGAUUUUAUUUACUGCACACGGGAAACAUAUCUCUUGACACCGUUCGCCAGCCUCGGCCUCAUCAGCGAAGGUGUAUCAUCGAUAGCUUUCGCAGAGCGCAUGGGUAUCUCAAGAGCGAACGAGGCCUUGAUUCUGGGGAAGAGAAUCACCAGCAAGGAUUUACUUGCGACAGGCUUUGUGAAUCAGAUUUUCGAUUGUCCUGCUGAGUCAUAUCGAAGCGAAGUUCUCAAGGAGGUCAAGGAACGGUUCCAUGAUGGUCUGAAUGCAUCGAGUAUGUUGCAGAUCAAGAAGAUGAUUAGACAAAGGUCGAGACGGGAAUUGGACGCGCAGAAUGUUGAUGAAGUGUUUGGAGCUUUGGAGAGAAAUGUUCAAGGGAUCCCACAGAAGGAGUUUGAGAAGCUGAGGACAGGCAAGAAGAAGCAUAAGUUGUGA